UAUUUGAUAAUGAAUUUGAAAAUUUAUUAUACAUUCACUUAACUACUCAUUUUGUUUUAGAUACGAUAGCACAUUAUUUUUUAAGAGAAGAUUACGAUAUGCUAACGAGGAAUGAUAGAGAUGAUCAAGUAAUAAAAGAAUCAGAUGAGAAAUUAGAUGCAUACGAUAUGAAAGAAGAAAAAAUUUUUAAUGAUUACGCCGAAUUGUGCAAUACAGAUAGAACUUAUGAAGCAAAUGCAGAAUAUAACGGAGAAGCUUACAUCCGGAUGAAAGUCAUGCAUCAAAUAUUUAAAAAUUACCUAUCAUACAAAAUUGAUAUGAGUUCUAGUCUCAUGUGCCAAAACAAUGAGAAUAAGUUAUGUAAAAUAAUUGCGUUGCUUACAUCUACUCAUGAAUCAGUGCGAAUUUUUGAAUUCCAACCCAGUUGUAUUAACGGUCAAUGUCAUAUCUCUACAUACAAUAUACAAGAUUCUCAAAAAAUUCUAUUUGGAGUUGUCCCAACAAUUUUCGUACAGUUAGAAGACAAAAUAAUCCAAGCCGACCCGAGUUCACAAAUCAACCCUGGACCAUAUAAUUUUAUUACAAAUGAAUAAAAAUUUAAUUUUUAAAAAUUAUAAGUACUAUUUUGUUUUAUGUAUUAAUCGAAAUGUCGAAAAUAUAUAUAUUAAUGCAAAAAUAAUAAUUAAAUCUCUAUGAUAUUUACUUUUAAAUAAAUAUGUAACAUU